AUGCCGUCCGCCAAAGAAGUGGAUCCUCCGCCCCUCCUUGCGGGGGAGGAAACCCCGGUCGAGAGCGCUGCCACGCUCCAAGGAACCGAAGGUCUCGACGAACUCUCUGCGCCCAGCCCCGUCGCCAUCCACGAGGAAGGCCCAUCGCUCGAGCAACGCCAGUCCAUUCCUCAUCCCGACAGGCCGGCCCAGGAUGAGAGACGACAUGACCUGGAGGGAGCACGCGAAGAAGAAGCUCGUCCCCCAGCCGCCGCGAAGCUGAUCAACGCGUCCAAAAUCUACAUCGCCUCGUACCUCGUCUUCUUCUCCAUCCUCGGCACGCUGGCACGCCUCGGGCUGCAGGCCAUCACCAUCUACCCGGGCGCGCCCAUCGCCCUCGGCGAGAUCUGGGCCAACGUCGGCGGCACGCUCAUCAUGGGCUUCCUGGCCGAAGACCGCUCCCUCUUCCAGCGCGACCUGGCCCCGGCCACGCAGCGCAGCCAAAAACACAACGGCGGCAAAGAGCAGCUGAAGAAAGAGCACACGGCCAUCAAGAAGACCAUCCCCGCGUACAUCGGCCUCAGCGUCGGCUUCUGCGGCUCCUUCACCACCUUCUCCUCCUUCAUGCGCGACGCCUUCCUCGCCCUCUCGGCCGACCUCAACACCGCCGCCACCUCGUCCGCCGGCCAAACCUCGCCGCCCACGCCCCGCCCCCGCAACCCCGGCUACAGCAUCGAAGCCCUCCUCGCCGUCCUCAUCCUCGAACUCGCCGCCAGCCUCGGCGCCCUCAGCCUCGGCGCCCACCUCGCCCUCCUCCUCGAGACCGCCCUCCCUGCACCGCGCCACGCCCGAGCGGAGAGGAACUCCACCACCACCACCACCAACACGCCGCCGAAAUCGAAAUCGAAAUCGAAACCAACGCCAACCCGCUCCCUCCUCGACCCCCUCGUCGCGGCCCUCGCCUGGCCCGCCUGGCUCGGCGCCGUCAUCAUGGCCGUGCGGCCCCCGCGCGACGCGUGGCGCGGCCAGGCCGUCUUCGCCCUCGUCUUCGCGCCCGCGGGGUGCCUCGCGCGGUACCACCUCUCGCUGUGGCUCAACGCGCGCGCGCCGCGCUUCCCGCUCGGCACGUUCGCGGCCAACGUCGCGGGCACGCUCGUGCUGGGCGUGUGUUUUGAUCUGCAGCGGGGUGGUGGCAGUACCAGUGUCGUUGGCUGCCAGGUGUUGCAGGGGGUUAUGGAUGGGUUUUGUGGGUGCUUGACGACGGUGAGCACGUGGGUGUUGGAGCUGAAGACGCUGCGGAGGAGGCAUGCGUAUGUGUAUGGGGCGGUUAGUUUGGCGGCGGGCGUCGGCGGGUUGGUCGUCGUCAUGGGGAGCGUGAGGUGGACGGUGGGGUUUGGGGCGGUUGGGUGCAAGACUUGA